AGAAGUUAUACCUCACGCUCAUCAUCGGAAUUGUGUGAGGCAUAUCUGGAAAAAUUUCACGAACCGAUACAAGGAUAAACAGGUUAAGAAUAUUGUAUGGGAAUGUGCUAAAUGCACUACUGAUGCAUAAUUUCAAGCAGGCAUGCAGAAGUUGAAAAGGGUUAAUGAAGAAGCAUGGAGUUACCUCGUGAAAUUCGAGCCGACAUGCUGGACCAAGGCUCAUUUCAGUCACGGGCCAAAAUGUGACAACCUCACCAACAACAUGUGCGAGGUUUGGAAUGCAAAAAUAGUGAAUUAUCGUUCUAAACCGAUUCUAACGAUGUGUGAGAAACUCUGGUGCUAUAUCAUGAGGAGAAUGACCAAAUACAAGCAAGUGUUAGAGACACACAUAGGCACUCAAGUGGCUCCUACUCAACAAAAGAGGCUUGAUGACAUAAUGAAAGGUGUGAGAUAUUGGCACCCAGUUUGGGUUGGUGACGAUGAGAGGCGAAUCUUUGAGGUGCAACAAGGAUCUACAAAGGUUUCUGUGAAUCUGUCUCAGAACAAGUGUACUUGCAACGCCUGGCAACUAACUGGUAUAGUUACCUGCCUUGAGAACUAUUAAAUUUCAUUCAUGGAAUUGUUAUCUGCCGCUAUUGAAUGACUUAUGCUUUAUAGGUCUCCUAUGUGUCCAUGCACUUGCUGCCAUUGCUAGAAGAGGGGAUAGACCUAAAAUAUAUGUUCACCCACUACUGAAGAUUGGGGCAGCACUAGCUACAUAUCAACACUGCAUUCAACCAGUUAAUUCGGAGGAAUAUUGGGAGAAGACAAUAUAUAUGAAUCCGAUUCCACCAAAGUUGAAGAGGCCAGUAGGCAGACCAGUAAAGAGAAGGAGAAAAGAACCAUUUGAGAUUGAAGCUAGCAGAACUAAUGGCACCAAAGUGAAGAAAAUAUUUAGGGUCACUUAUAGCAAGUGUGGAGAAACUGGCCACAACUACAAGACCUGCAAAGGCCCACCAACAACAACAACUAGAAGACCAACCAAUCCAAAUAGGAGAACAACAUCGAGAGCUGGCUCUAAUUCUGGAACCUUAAACCAAAACGCCGAAGUGGUCAACGUCUCUCAAUCAGCCCCACAAGCACAAAGUGUAAAUGUUAAUGCGCAUCAGAUUCUGUCAGAAACACCAAAUUCGGGUUUAAUGCCUAAUGUGGUAACUAUGACAUCACCAUCGUCGCAAGGUCAGGCAAAUUUUCAAGUGCCAAUUCCACCUAGUGCUAGAGCCAAGCAACCUAUCAUCAGGCCAUAUAAACCACCCCCAUUCAGUCGAGCACUCCACCACCGAUUCCAUCACCUAUAACAACUGGAGGGGUCUCAGCUGAAACAAUGGCAACUGUCAGUAAGGGUACUGCAUCAAGGAUGUUCCAAUUUAUUCCAAAUCCUGAUUUCAAGCAUUCAAGAAAAAAGUGAUCAGUGAUGCAUGCUGAAUAAAUAACAUUAGGCUUUUAGUGUCUUAGUUUGAACUGUGUUUUGAUGAUCAAAGAUGAAGCCUUGAAAU